AUGGCUUCGUCCGAGGAAGAGGCGACUACCGCGUCGAUCCCUGAAGAUGACUGCCUCAGGGUCCGAAAAUGGUGGUGCUUCCUCUUGUCGUCGAUCUUCACUUUCCUCGCGGGCUUGCUGGUGGUGCUGGUAUGGCGCGCGUGCGCGUUCGUCUGUUGCCGCAAGGAGCCCGAGCUCGCGCCCAACGACCCCAAGCAGAAGGAGCAGAAGGCGGCGCGGCAGGGCAAACAGGAGUUCGAGGGAACCUUCAUGACCGAGGCCAAGGACUGGGCCGGCGAGCUCAUCUCCGGCCAGACCACCACCGGACGAAUACUGGUAGUGUUGGUGUUCAUCCUGAGUAUAGCAUCGCUGAUCAUCUACUUCAUUGACGCGUCCAGUGAAGAGGUGGAGCGAUGUCAGAAAUGGAGUGACAAUAUUACUCAGCAGAUCGACCUUGCCUUUAACAUAUUUUUUAUGGUCUACUUUUUUAUACGAUUUAUAGCAGCUAGUGACAAACUAUGGUUCAUGCUCGAGAUGUAUUCAUUUGUAGAUUAUUUUACGAUACCCCCAUCCUUUGUAUCGAUAUACCUGGAUAGAACGUGGAUAGGGCUAAGAUUUCUCAGAGCUCUACGCUUAAUGACCGUGCCUGAUAUUUUGCAGUACCUCAAUAUAUUAAAGACAUCAAGCUCAAUUCGGUUGGCGCAAUUAGUUUCUAUAUUUAUAUCAGUGUGGUUGACUGCUGCCGGCAUUAUUCAUUUGCUGGAAAACUCUGGCGACCCGCUAGAAUUUGAAAAUGCGCAGAAGCUUUCAUAUUGGACAUGUGUGUACUUUUUGAUAGUCACCAUGUCCACAGUAGGUUAUGGUGAUGUGUUCUGUCACACUGUGCUAGGCAGAACGUUUUUGGUUUUUUUCCUCCUCGUCGGCUUGGCAAUGUUCGCUAGUAGCAUUCCCGAAAUUAUAGAGCUGGUAGGAAGUAGGUCCAAGUACAGUGGCGAGCUGAAGCGUGAACAUGGAAAAAGGCAUAUAGUAGUAUGUGGACAUAUAACAUACGAAUCAGUGAGCCAUUUUUUAAAAGACUUCCUACAUGAAGACAGAGAAGAUGUGGACGUUGAGGUUGUUUUUUUACACAGGAAACCGCCCGACUUGGAGCUCGAAGGCCUGUUCAAGAGACACUUUACCACUGUGGAAUUCUUUCAAGGCACCAUUAUGAACCCAAUCGACCUACAGAGGGUAAAAGUGCACGAAGCGGACGCUUGUCUGGUGCUAGCCAACAAAUAUUGCCAGGAUCCAGAUGCAGAAGACGCAGCUAACAUCAUGAGGGUCAUUUCCAUCAAAAACUACUCGGACGACAUAAGAGUCAUCAUUCAGCUCAUGCAAUACCACAAUAAGGCCUACCUUCUCAACAUUCCGUCGUGGGACUGGAAGCAGGGUGACGAUGUUAUUUGCUUGGCAGAAUUGAAACUAGGCUUCAUCGCACAGAGCUGUCUCGCCCCUGGCUUCUCCACAAUGAUGGCUAAUCUCUUCGCUAUGAGGAGUUUCAAGACGUCCCAAGACAUGGCUAUAUGGACUAAUGACUACAUGCGCGGCACCGGAAUGGAGAUGUACACCGAGACAUUGAGCGUGACGUUUGUCGGGAUGCCGUUCAGUGUCGCCGCAGAGUUGUGUUUCACGAAGUUGAAGCUGCUACUACUGGCCAUUGAAAUUAAGGGAGAGGAGGGAGCAGACAGCAAGAUCUCCAUCAACCCUAGGAACGCGAAGAUCCACGCCAAUACACAAGGAUUCUUUAUAGCGCAAUCUGCAGACGAGGUCAAAAGAGCUUGGUACUACUGCAAAGCCUGUCACGAAGAUAUCAAGGAUGAAACACUGAUCAAGAAAUGCAAAUGCAAAAAUUUUGCUACAUUCAGGAAAGGCGUACGAGCCGUCCAGAUGGUUGGCCGGGCAAAUGACCACCAUCCUCCCCCCACCUUCACGCCGCCAGAGUUGCCCAAGAAGGUCCAUGUUCGAGGUGAAAUUGCGAGGGAAAGAGGAGAAGACACUAGUUUGAUAAACCGAAACCACCGGAGUGCGGCGCCGACAGCUCUCUUAUCUCCGAUGGCCAACCAGCUCAUAAACAACACAACAAGGCAGGUCAACAAGGUCAAACCUAACGUGAACAGGGCACCACCAGACACGCCCACGAGUAGAAGUAGUGGGGAGAAGAACAGCAAUGGGGUGAGUCUGCCAGCGGGCCUGGCGGACGACCAGUCGAAAGACUUCGACUUUGAAAAGACUGAAAUGAAAUAUGAUUCAACUGGCAUGUUCCAUUGGAGCCCCGCCAGAAAUCUAGAAGAUUGUAUAUUAGACAGAAACCAAGCGGCAAUGACGGUUCUAAACGGUCACGUUGUGGUUUGUCUGUUCGCGGACCCCGACUCGCCUUUAAUAGGGCUUCGGAAUCUUGUGAUGCCGCUUCGAGCAUCGAACUUCCACUACCACGAACUCAAGCACGUGGUCAUCGUGGGCAGCGUCGAAUACAUCAGGAGGGAGUGGAAGAUGCUUCAGAAUCUUCCCAAAAUAUCUGUGUUGAAUGGUUCACCGCUAAGCCGGGCCGACUUGCGUGCAGUGAAUGUUAAUCUAUGCGACAUGUGCUGUAUCCUGUCAGCGAAGGUUCCAUCGAACGAUGACCCCACGCUGGCUGACAAGGAAGCUAUCCUGGCUUCGUUGAACAUCAAGGCGAUGACAUUCGACGACACGAUAGGCGUGCUAAGUGCGGGUGUAGGGACUAAUGGAAGUACUAAUGCGCCGCCGCCGCCGGGACAAGCGCCCGCGCCGGUCUUGUUGCAGAGGAGGGGAUCCGUGUAUGGUGCCAAUGUGCCUAUGAUUACCGAGCUGGUGAACGACAGCAACGUACAGUUUCUGGACCAGGAUGACGACGACGACCCUGACACAGAACUGUACCUCACUCAGCCGUUCGCAUGCGGCACGGCCUUCGCUGUCAGCGUGCUCGACUCUCUUAUGUCCACCACGUAUUUCAACCAAAAUGCCUUAACGCUGAUCCGGUCGCUGAUCACGGGCGGCGCCACUCCAGAGCUGGAGUUAAUCCUCGCCGAGGGAGCUGGACUCCGAGGAGGGUACUCUACGCCUGAGAGUUUAGCUAAUAGAGACCGGUGUAGAGUCGGGCAGAUAUCUCUGUACGACGGUCCGCUCGCUCAGUUCGGCGAGGCAGGCAAGUACGGGGACCUGUUUGUGGCGGCACUCCGCUCGUACGGCAUGCUCUGCAUCGGGCUCUACCGCUUCCGGGACACCUCGUCCUCCUGCGACGCCAGCAGCAAGCGAUACGUCAUCACCAACCCGCCGGAUGACUUCAGCUUGCUGCCCACCGAUCAGGUGUUCGUGCUGAUGCAGUUCGACCCGGGCGUGGAGUACCGGUCGAGCGGUCGGCGCGCGGGCUCCGCCGCCGGCAGCGGCAAGGACGACGCCUCCUGA